AUGCCUGCCGCCAUCUUGCCCACCAGGAGUUCCGACAUGGGGCUGGGGCUUCUGAGCGCAGCGCUCUUGUUUCUGGGGGGCGCUCUCAUAUGCUCAGAACACUACUCACUCUCCGAAAGGAGUGGGCGCGGGUCCUCGCGGGAACAGGCCGGAGGUCGGAGGUGGCCUGAGGCCGUGAGUGGGAGGCCCAGGGCGCAGGAGCACCAGGCCCCGGAAGAGAAAGUGUUGAACGCAAAGGAUUGUGGAACAGCACCACUUGCAAAUAUGUUCAAGGGGUCUCGGAUUGUAGGGGGCACAGAAGCUCAAAUUGGCGCAUGGCCAUGGCUAGUUAGCCUACAGAUUCAAUCUGGCAGAUAUCUUGCUCAUAUAUGUGCGGGAAGCUUAGUGAAAAAUAGAUGGGUCCUCACGGCUGCCCACUGCACUAAGGACACUAGAGAUCCUGUAAUGUGGAGAGUUGUGAUUGGAACUAAUAAUAUAGACGGGCGUCAGCCACACUCCAAGAAGAUGAAAGUUAAAGCGAUCAUUAUCCAUCCAGACUUCGAUGUGGAAUCUUAUGAAAAUGAUAUUGCACUUUUUCAUUUAAAAAAAGCAGUGAGAUAUAAUGAUUAUAUUCAGCCUAUCUGUCUACCUUUUGGUGUUUUCCAAAGACUGAACCGAAACACGAAGUGUUUUAUAAGUGGAUGGGGAAGAACAAAAGAAGAAGGUAAUAUUACAAAAAAAUUACACGAAGCAGAAGUGCAUUAUAUUUCUCGAAGUUUUUGUAAUUCUGACAAGAGUUAUGGGGAUAUAAUUCCGUACACUUCGUUUUGUGCAGGUGAUGAAGAUGGAGUUUUUGAUACUUGCAGGGGUGAUAGUGGUGGACCAUUAAUGUGCUACUUACCAGAACGUAAACGAUAUUUUGUAAUGGGAAUUACCAGUUACGGAUAUGGCUGUGGUCGAAAAAAUUUUCCUGGUGUCUAUAGUGGGCCAUCCUUCUACCAAAAAUGGCUGACAGAUCACCUCUACCAGGCAAGCAAUGAAGGCAUAUUUAAUAUAAAUAUUCUACUUGGACAGGUCCUUGUAGCCUUAGGGUCUGUUGUCUUACUAGCAGCUCCAUAA